AUGACCGAAUUCCCACCUAUUGAUUUCUCCACCACCACAACCACCAGUCUCGUUGAUGACUCUACGAGUGACUUUCUUGCUAGAGAGCAGGCUAUUCUGGGUGAGGAUGCUGCACGGUUCGGUGGAAUCAAUGGGUCUGCAAACGAACUUGAGCGAUUCCCUGAUCUCAGUACUGGAGAUGUUGACCCAACAACAUUGAAUGUGACGCCAAGCAUUGGUAUUGGAUUGGGGCUUGGUAAUGAGUUUCCACCAGUCUCUGCAAUAAGUGACAUUACGCGUGCUCAGCAAACAAUCGAUGAACGCGAAGAGCGUAAUAGGGAAAAGCAUGAGAAGACAAUCGAGCAAGCACAUGCUGACAUAGAUCGAUUCUAUGAAGACUACAAUGCCAAAAAAAUCAAUAUACUAAAACAGAACGAAAUCGAUGAAGCGGAAUUCCUAGCAGAACGCGAAAGACUUGCGUCCGGCACUACAUGGGAGCGAGUAUGUAAAAUUCUUGGGCUGACCAGUGCGCAGAGCAAAACCCCAUUCAUAAAUCAAAAGGAUGUUACAAGGUUUAAGGAGUUGCUGCUAAGUCUAAAGAGUGACGAGAAUGCACCAGGGGCUGCUGGAUAUUGA